AAUGCUCCCUGCCCCUCCAAUGCCUCCUUGUCUGGUGUAGGUUUGCAGCAGGGGCCAGGGCCAAGAAGGUACACUGUGCCUUCUCAGCGAGGGCGAGAUGGUGGAUGAAGCUUAGGACCAUACAAAAGCUCUGACCUGGACUUAAAAAGACCAAGGAUUUGCUAAACUAGGAAUUUCAUUUCAGGUUUUGAUUCUUUUUUUGUGGGAAUUGAGAUUUCACACUCAAAAUGGAGUCAGGAGGUGGUGGUGCCGGUGGCGGUGCUGGGGUGGCAGCUUUAGCCUCGUUCAUCAUGAAUGAAGAAGAACUAAAGAGAAAACAAAGGGAGAAACUCAAGAAACUGCAGGCCACCGGAGGAAACCCUCGACCGCCACGUUCCUUGUUCUUCUUCACGCUCAAAAACCCUUUCAGGAAGACCUGCAUCAACAUUGUGGAAUGGAAACCUUUUGAAAUCAUUAUCCUGCUAACUAUCUUCGCUAACUGUGUAGCUUUGGCUGUGUUUCUGCCCAUGCCUGAAGAGGACACCAACAACACCAACUUAACAUUGGAGAGUCUGGAGUACAUCUUCCUAGUCAUUUUCACUCUGGAGUGCUUCCUAAAGAUAGUAGCGUAUGGGCUCCUAUUCCAUGAAGGAGCCUAUUUACGAAAUUGUUGGAACAUAUUAGACUUCGUCAUUGUGUUCAUGGGACUCUUCACACUUGUUGUGGACACCAUCAACACAAUAGCAGGAGUUCCCAAAGAGAAAGGAGGAGGGUUUGAUAUGAAGGCUCUUAGAGCAUUUCGUGUCUUGCGACCGCUGCGACUCGUAUCGGGAGUUCCCAGCCUCCAGGUGGUAAUGAGCUCUAUUCUGAAGUCCAUGUUGCCCCUCUUCCACAUUGCAUUGCUGGUCUUCUUCAUGGUCACCAUUUACGCCAUUAUGGGUUUGGAGCUGUUCAAGUGUAAAAUGCACAAGACAUGCUACUACCAGGGCACUAAUAUCAUUGCCAUCAGGGAGAAUGAGAAGCCGUCACCAUGUGCUCAGGCUGGACACGGGCGUCGAUGCACCAUUAAUGGCACUGAAUGUCGGGGAGGUUGGCCUGGUCCCAACUUUGGCAUCACCCAUUUUGACAACUUCGGCUUUGCCAUGCUCACAGUCUUUCAGUGUAUCACAAUGGAGAGCUGGACUGAUGUGCUUUACUGGAUUAAUGAUGCUAUGGGGAAUGACUGGCCCUGGAUCUACUUCCUGACUCUGAUACUUGUGGGCUCCUUCUUCAUCCUCAACCUUGUCCUUGGAGUACUGAGCGGGGAGUUUACUAAAGAGAGGGAAAAGUCACGGUCACGAGGAGAGUACCAAAAGCUACGGGAGCGACAACAAAUGGAUGAGGAUCUGAAAGGUUACAUGGAAUGGAUCACUCAUGCUGAAGUGAUGGAUGGAGAUUCUGAGGCACUUCUUCUUCUUAGAAAGGACACUGAUUCAGAGACAGACAGUUUGUACCAGAUGGAGGGGAUCAACAGGCUGAUCUAUUUCUACCGCCUUGCACGCCGCUGGAACAUUGUUUUACGUAGGAAGUGUCAUGCCUGGGUGAAAUCUAAAUUCUUCAACUGGUGGGUUCUCCUUGUUGUGUUACUCAACACUUUGGUCAUUGCGACGGAGCAUCAUAACCAGACUGAGGGGUUAACAAGUUUUCAAGACACUGCCAACGUAAUCCUACUCGUCUGUUUCACGAUUGAGAUGGUUAUGAAGAUGUAUGCAUUUGGUCUGAGAGCCUACUUUAUGUCCAUCUUCAACCGAUUUGACUGCUUUGUGGUCACAAUUGGAAUACUGGAGAUCAUCCUGGUCGCAUCGAACAUCAUGACACCACUAGGGAUCUCUGUGAUGAGAUGCAUACGACUCCUACGGUUAUUCAAGCUCACAAGGUACUGGACAUCACUUAAUAACUUAGUGGCAUCCUUACUCAACUCAGUGAAAUCCAUCGCCUCCCUGCUCCUGCUUCUCUUCCUCUUCAUUGUCAUCUUCGCCCUCCUGGGAAUGCAGGUGUUUGGUGGGAAAUUCAACUUCCCUGACAGAGUGAUUCAACGGAGUAACUUUGACAACUUCCCACAAGCCCUCAUCAGUGUGUUCCAGGUCCUAACUGGAGAGGAGUGGGACUCGAUUAUGUACAAUGGAAUCAUGGCUCAUGGUGGACCUCAAUCCCCAGGAAUUCUUGUCAGCAUUUACUUCUUAAUUCUGUACGUCUGUGGAAACUUCGUUCUUUUGAAUGUGUUCUUGGCCAUCGCUGUGGACAAUCUAGCCGAGGCUGAGAGUCUGACAGCAGCACAGAAAGAAAAAGCAGAGGAGAAAGCCCGAAGGAAACUCAUGAGGACAUUGCCAGAGAAGAGUGAGGAGGAGAAGGCCCUGAUGGCUAAGAGACUAAUGGAGUCCAGGUCAAAAACUGAGGGAAUGCCCACCACGGCAAAGCUCAAGAUAGAUGAGUUUGAAUCAAAUGUUAAUGAAGUGAAAGACCCCUUCCCUCCUGCAGACUUUCCAGGUGAUGAUGAGGAAGAGGAACCAGAGAUCCCAAUCAGCCCCAGACCCAGACCCAUGGCCGACCUGCAGCUCAAGGAGACAGUGGUUCCCAUGCCUGAGGCCAGCUCCUUCUUUAUCUUUGGCCCACAGAACAAGUUCCGAAAGAUUUGCCACAGGAUCAUCAACCACACAACCUUCACCAACAUCAUCCUCCUCUUCAUCCUCCUCAGCAGUAUCUCCCUGGCUGCUGAAGACCCCAUCGACCCCCAUUCAUUCCGUAACAAGGUCUUGGCUUAUGCCGACAUUGUCUUUACGACUGUCUUCACCAUUGAAAUUGUGCUAAAGAUGACAGUUUAUGGAGCGUUCCUGCAUACUGGCUCUUUCUGCCGAAACUCCUUCAACAUUUUGGAUCUCAUUGUUGUGGGUGUUUCCCUCUUGUCCAUGGGCAUGGAGUCGAGUACCAUCUCAGUGGUGAAGAUUCUCAGGGUAUUGAGGGUACUAAGACCUCUAAGGGCCAUCAACAGAGCUAAAGGGUUAAAGCACGUGGUUCAAUGUAUGUUUGUGGCCAUAAAAACCAUUGGUAAUAUUGUCCUGGUCACCAUGCUCUUGGACUUCAUGUUUGCCUGCAUUGGAGUGCAGCUCUUCAAGGGCGAAUUGUACUAUUGUACAGACCCUCUUCAAAAGACAGCAGAGGAGUGUCAGGGAACAUUUUUAAAGCAUGUGCAAAACUCUCUUCAUGACAUGGAGGUCGAUCGGCGCAAGUGGGUCAACAGCGAUUUCAACUUUGACAACGUGCUGAACGGCAUGCUGGCUCUGUUCACCAUCUCCACAUUUGAGGGCUGGCCAGAGAUCCUGUAUAGAGCUAUAGACUCAAAUGCAGUUGACACUGGCCCUUUGUACAAUAACCGUGUGGGCAUCUCCAUAUUCUUUAUCAUCUACAUCAUCAUCAUCGCCUUCUUCAUGAUGAACAUCUUUGUGGGCUUCGUCAUCGUCACUUUCCAAAAACAAGGAGAGCAGGAAUACAAAAACUGUGAGCUGGACAAGAACCAGCGUCAAUGUGUACAGUAUGCACUGAAAGCACGGCCCCUCAAAUGCUACAUCCCAAAGAACCCGCACCAGUACCGUGUGUGGUACUUUGUGACUUCCUGUUACUUUGAGUAUCUCAUGUUCUUUCUCAUCAUGCUCAACACGCUGUGUCUUGGGAUGCAGCACUGCAACCAGUCCGAUCAUAUAACCAAACUCUCUGACACUCUUAACCUCAUCUUCACUGUCCUGUUCACUGUUGAGAUGAUUGUCAAACUCAUUGCAUUCAAAGCAAAGGGUUACUUUGGAGACCCUUGGAACGUCUUUGAUUUCGUCAUCGUGGUCGGUAGCAUUGUUGACGUGGUCCUCAGUGAGGUUGACGCUGCGCUGGAGGCCAGUGGAGGACUGUGGUGUCUACAUGGUUGUGCUGAAGUGAAUCCAAUGCAGGCAAUAGCUGAUGCAGAAAAUGUCAGAGUUUCCAUCACGUUCUUCCGGCUGUUCCGUGUGCUGCGUCUCAUUAAACUGCUCAAUCGCUCAGAGGGGAUCAGGAAUCUUCUGUGGACCUUUAUCAAGUCCUUCCAGGCACUGCCUCAUGUGGCUCUUCUCAUUGUCAUGCUCUUCUUCAUCUAUGCUGUCAUAGGGAUGCAGAUGUUUGGUAAAGUUGCUCUGGUCGAUGGUACAGAGAUUAAUCGCAACAAUAACUUCCAAACUUUCCCUCAAGCUGUGUUGUUAUUAUUCCGUGUUGCCACUGGAGAGCAGUGGCCUAAAAUCAUGCUGGCCUCUAUGUACGGGAAACUCUGUGACCCCAAAUCAGACUACGGCCCUGGAGAGGAGUAUACCUGCGGCUCCAGCAUCGCCAUCUUCUACUUCCUCAGCUUUUAUAUGCUGUGUGCAUUUUUGAUUAUCAAUCUGUUUGUGGCUGUCAUUAUGGACAAUUUUGAUUACCUCACUCGUGAUUGGUCAAUCCUUGGCCCACAUCACCUGGAUGAGUUCAAGAAGAUCUGGGCAGAGUAUGACCCUGAAGCAACGGGACGAAUCAAACAUCUGGACGUAGUCACACUUCUGCGGAGGAUUCAACCACCGUUGGGCUUUGGUAAAUUUUGUCCCCACCGCUCAGCAUGUAAGCGCCUGAUUUCCAUGAACAUGCCGCUGAACAGCGAUGGCACAGUGACCUUCAAUGCCACACUCUUUGCACUGGUCAGAACGGCUUUAAAAAUCAAAACGGAAGGAAACUUUGAGCAGGCCAAUGAGGAGCUGAGAGCCAUCAUUAAGUCAAUCUGGAAGAGGACCAGUAUGAAGUUGUUGGACCAGGUCAUUCCGCCAAUUGGAGAGGAUGAAGUCACUGUUGGAAAGUUCUACGCAACCUUCCUGAUUCAGGAACACUUCCGCAAGUUUAUGAAGCGGCAGGAGGAAUACUACGGUUACAGACCCACCAAGAAGAACGCUGAUGAGAUUAAGGCAGGUCUGCGCAGCAUCGAGGAGGAAGCAGCACCUGAGCUGCACAGGGCCAUCUCAGGUGACCUGAUCGCUGAGGAUGAGAUGGAGCGUGCCAUGGAGGGUGGAGAGGAGGGCAUCUACAGGCGGACAGGAGGUCUGUUUGGACUCAACGCAGACCCCUUCUCCUCUGAGCCCAGCAGCCCCCUCUCAACACAGGUGACCAGCCAGAGACCCCUGCAGUUUGUGGAGACUCGUUUGGAGGAUGUAGAGUCACCUCCAGACUCCGUCUUCCUCCCGAACACUGUGUUCUUCCCUGAUAACAUGCCAACAACAACCAACACCAAUAACAAUGCCAACUUUGUUGAAGAUUUGUCAUCCAGGUUUACGUUUGAGAGCGAGUCACUGUCAGCCGAUGCAACCAGAAACUAUUCAUACGAAGACAUAAGAGACUCUAGUUCAUAUGUGGGCGGGGCCUCAAGUGUCGAUGACAGACGGCUGUCAGAUUUCACUGUGAGGACAGAUAUCACACAGUUCCCCUAUAACCCCUCAUAUGGAGCAUCAAAGAACCAGACAGCAGCAACAGAAGCUUCACCAGCCACCGACAAACUCAUUCAGCAGGCACUGAGAGACGGUGGUCUAGACUCCUUGGCUGGAGACCCACAGUUUGUAUCUGUGACUAGGAAGGAGCUGGCAGAAGCCAUUAAUGUUGGCGUGGAGGAUAUGGAGGGAAUGGCUAAGAGUAUUGUAAACGAGCAGAGCGGAAAGGUAACAAAACGUAAACGGCGUCCCAUCCCAGUUCCACCCGGCGCCAAGUCAACCAAACCGAAGGAAAGCACUAGUGCGGUGUAGAAACAUACUGAGAGACAAUUUUAAAAAUCCAUGAGACGUCAUCAGCCUGAAUCUUCUGCCAUUGUCUGAAAUCACUUAUUUAAAAGUUUAUGAACAGGUGGUGCACUGGUUGUUUUCAAAGGGUACUUUUUUCAAAGAUGGUAAGAGAAAUAAAUGAAGCCUGGUGGGUUUUAUUUCUGAUGGCUGUUCUGAUUUAGGACUUGCUUUUUGGUGACUGAAUUUACCAGACAUCCUCAAUAAUAUUGUUCACACUUUGUUCUGUGAACAUUUACAGUUGAGUGAGUUACAUAAUACAGACAAAUGCCUGAAAACUUUGUCAUCUGUGGACAUAGAGCCACAAUGGCAAGUCUUUUCUUUGAUUUGUCUGCCACAUAUACAUGUGGUUUAAACGUUUUUGUAUUUAAAUAAUUGUUACACUGAAUUGGAGGGAUUAUCAUGUUUACAGGAAAAUGCUUAGCUUUUAGUUUUUAAAGAUUUUUAGAAUAAAAAAAACAUGCUGUACACACAAAACAUACUGUUUCUAAAGAGAAAAUUCGAUUUUAGUUCUUUUUCAUUAAUUUAUUUUAAUCUAAUUUAAAUGGAAAGUGUUUGCAUGCUUGUGACUGACAGGACAAGUACAAUAUGCAACACUUUAUUUGUGUUUUUACAUUUACUCACUUUAGCAAAUACUUUUAUGCAAAGUGACUUACAAAUGAGGCAAGAGGGGUUUAUAAUGUUAACGUAUGUUUUUAUCAGCAAACAUAAAUGUACAUAAAUGUUUCAGCUUUUACAUUCUUCAAAAAAAUCUUCCUCAGUGCUCAUAAUGAGAUUUGCGUUACAGAUAUGAUGCCGUCAUGGCCCGCAACAUAGUUUUCGUUGGCUUAAACGCAGGGUACGGUAGGAUCCACAGCUAGAUAAAUGAGCAUAGAAGCCCUAUGAUUACAACGACCAUCAUUUUAAGUGUCAAAAAUUCUGGAAUUAUCGUACAUUAAGGUUUUUUGUUUUGUUUUGUUUUUUUUAUUGAUCGUACAUCGUACAGAGGUCAACUGAUGCGGAAGUAAGCCUGGUGAUUAGCGGCUAACGUUAUAGGCAAAUAACGAGAAAUGUGCAGUAAACUGUAAAACUGUUUGGCGGUGUGUUCAUAAUUAAGAUAAUACAUUUAAAUAAUAUGGUAAGACACCAGUUUGGUAUUUAAUAUUUAGCAGCAAAAUGAGCUGUUUGGUACAGCUAAAAAUAGCUGGACGUGAAUGAGACCGGAAGCCAGACCCAUAAAAUUUACAAAUGACCGAACCCACUCUUAUGACAAAAGUUAGCUGGAUAUGGAAUUAUUAAGGAUUGUUUUUUAUUAUUUUGUUUAACGGCUUGUAUAUUUGUUAUAUAGUACAGACGAGAUGGAUAUAGGAAAGUGAGAAUGGGAUCAGUACGUGACGCAGGCCGGAUUUAAACUGUCCCUCCGUUUUUUUUUCUUUUGGGGAUUUGUUUAGUUUUUUGUGCACUACCCACAGGCACUGACUCCUUUUUCCUUAAAAAAGGGAUUUUUAGUGGGCUAUAGGAGUUUUCUAGGGACACUGGAUGUAGACACAUGUAUGCACGUCAAAAUACAAUGCAGAUACUUGACUAAAAUAACACUGAAACUGAAAAAAACACUGUUGCUCUAAACAAAGUUUUUCACUGAGCAACAUAUCAGAUUUUUAAAAAUUUUUCUUCUCGGUGUGGCAGCUGAAGUCCUCAAAUGAAACAAUUUUGCUUGUGACUCCACCGACUAUUACAACAUUGCACCUUUUAACUUUAAUAGUAGAAGAAUGUGUUGACCGAUGCCACAGAUUGACGUCUUAAAGCUGUAUUUUCUCUUGUAUAAGGUCUGAUCUGUAAUUUCUGUUCAGCACGUUUUUAUAUUUCAUUGCAAAGUACACAAUUUUGUUGAUGGAUUUGCAUUCAUUUACACACAUUUUCACUUUGUGUCUUGCUAAUGGAUAUGUAAUGAGGUUAAAAGUGCAUUUUAAUAAACAUGAAAGAUGUUUAUAUUUUUUUCUUUGGAUAUGGGAAGAGGCUCUGUAGCUGUAUAGAUUUAUAUGUUCAGAUGUACAAAUCAU